AUGGCGACCCGCGACCGCGACGUUGAGCCGUCAUCGGCGCGUCCCUCAACCUCAGAUCGAGACCGGGACCGCGACGGACUCGGAGGGCAGUCGGGUCCGAUCCCGCUGUUCGACCAAAACCUGCGCGUCCUAGGCGAAUCCUACCUUGCUUUCUUCCAGGAGCGGAAACGAAUCGAGGAAAUCUACAUCGACUCCUUGCUCAAACUUCACCGAAAGGUCCAGGCGAUUGAUACCAGCAUUGAUUACCGCUUGGAACCCAGCACUACCCGUAGCGCAUGGUCGGAGGUUCGGGAUAACGUCGAGCGGGAGGCACAAACCCGACAAGCCUUCCUCAACACCCUCGCAUCCGAGGUUAUCACCCCUCUCGUCGCCCUCCGCGACUCGCAAGACCGGACGCGAAAGCGCAUCAAGGAGGACCUGAAAGACUCGCUCACGGCCUACACCGACUACGCCGAGAACACGCUCCCCAAGCUCAAGCGCGUCUACCUCAAGAAAUGCCAAGACGUCGAGGACUACAAAACCGCCGCCUCUGCGACGUCUCCGAUACCCACCUCGAACGUCGCCUUGAACUCUCCCGAAUUCUCCGCGCUACCCAGCAACGUCAGGACACGAGCGAGCGUCGACAAUCCCGGCCGGCCCACCGUGACCGCACCGCAGCCACUCAGGCCGCUGGAUCGACGCCCGUCAGGCAGUACAGGGCCCAUAUCGCGCAAUCGCUCCCCCUCGACGUCAACCGGCACUGCGCUCUCCGACCUCGCGCAGCACGGCAAGAAGCAGUUCAACCAACUCGUAACCUCUUUUCUCGAUAAGCGCGAGACCAUGAAGGACGGCCUAUCCUCCUCGCGCUCGUCCGACGCGGCAUUGCGCCACGUACGAGCCAAGAGGGAAGCGGACGAGGCGGACAAGGAGUACCGGCGCGCGGUGCAUUGGCUGGAAACCCUACGCAUACGGCGUAGCAAGACCUUGGAAGCGGCGUACAAGAGCAUGGAGCUGUUCGUGAACGAGAUGAGCGGGGCGAUGAAGGGCGUCCUGGAGCGAUAUACGGAUAACAUGAUAGCGACCCAGACGACCCUCUCCCAACUAUCCACCCACCUCCGCACCUUCGUGGAUCGCAUCUCGCCUACCAAGGACGCCUCCGCUCUCGCCGCGCGCCUCCCGCGCGCCCUCGCGUCCUCGGUCCCGAAGCCGAUCCUCUACUACAACUAUCACGUUGGCGAGUGCGCCGAUCUCAUUUUUGGCGUGUCGCUCGUCGACUACGCGACCAGCCGCGCUUUGCCCGACGGCGAGGUGCCCAAGAUCGUGCGCAUCUGCCUGAGGGAGAUUGAGGGGAGAGGAUUAGACGCUGAGGGUAUAUAUCGGGUAUCCGGGCGGCAUGCCAUCGUGCAAGAACUCCAGCACAAGAUCGAGCGGAACGAGCGGGCGUUCAAGUUCAACCCGCUCACGGACGAUGUCUAUGCCGUCGCGUCCUUGCUAAAGUUGUACCUGCGUGAGCUCCCUGAACCCGUUUUCCGCUUCUCACUUCAAGAUCGAAUCCAACACUCCGAAGACCUAGACGACCACGUCGCGAACCACUUCGUACUCCUUCGCUCGAAGAUCCGACGCCUACCCGCUGUACACCAAGCGACUCUUCGGGCUCUACUGGAGCACCUCAAUCGCGUCGUCGCCCGAAGCGAGAAGAACAAGAUGGACGCAAAGAACCUCGCCAUCGUGUUCGGGACCGUUAUUUUCGGCGAGGACGAGCUCCCGAAGCAGAGCGCGGACUUGCUGGCGGUGCAGAGCUACAAGGACUCCAUGAUGGAAGAUCUCAUUGAACAUGCCUCAGCCAUUUAUGAGGACGCGCCACACCCUCCGCUAGGCCAUGCACAAGCGCAGGGGCAGCCGCCGUCUCCACCACUACCCCCUGCUCCUUCCGGUGAACCGGCGCCGACAUACCCGCUUGGGUCAUCAUACACGAAGGUGACGACCGUACCGCCGAUGCCUCCUCGACCAACGCAACCUCAGCCACACGGAGGACCGGUAUCUCAGCCUGCCGUCGUGGUCGCCGCAUCCGCGACGGCGGGUGCGAAUGCGGACCAAGGAGCGAGCAGAAGCGCUGGAGACAAGGAGAAGGAACGCGAGAAAGACUUCACGCCGCAGCUGCCUCUGAGGCCGACGAGCAGCAUUCACCCUGGCGCGCGAGGGCCUACGACACCGCGAACCGAGAGGGCCGAGCCGAUGUCACCGCUCUCGCCUACGAGACCCAAUGCGGGUCCCUUGUCGAACCGGACAGCAACGCAAUCGCAGCCCUACCCUGGCCAGCCUCAGCAGACGGACGUCAAGGCGCCGAUGUCUCCACCGCUGUCGCCACGGCGGGUGCCACCUACGCUGCCGACGCGCCCUCCGGGCGCCAUGGCGCCGAGCAUAUCACCAUCGACGUCUGAGCAAACGAUACGCGAUACGAUCGGCGAGGAGGAGGUUGAUACCCUCGGGAGGACGGCUACGGUGAGAGCAGCGGAGAGGCCCCGUUCGCGUGCACCGGAGCCGCUGCGUCUGGAUACGGCUACCGGAGGGUCGGCAGCAGGUGGCGACGCGGAUCGGAGCGCAAGGCCGUCGCCGGUGAGGACCGAUUCGUCGCGUACGACGGAUACGUUUGCGAGUGCGAGGAGCGCGCCCGCGACUCCGGAUGAGAUGGGGGUACUGGUUUCGCGAGAGGAGGACCCAACGCCGAGGCCGCAUGCUAAGGGCGCGAGCGGGUGAGGUACUGGUAGCGCUUGAUGAACUGGAUUGUGAUGAUACCCAUUGGUCGGACCGAAGCUGCAGGGGUGGGAUUGAUUGGAUGGUAUAUCGGUCGUGGUGUGAUAACCCGAAAUCAACAUGUGUCUGAAG